AUGUCAGAUUUGAUAUGUCAAAUUUGUCCUCCACCGUUACAUCCCCUCCCCCGUCGCAGCUCACAUUCAAACUUCUACAGUCUCCCUUUCUCUUUCUCUUUCUUCAUCUGUUCAGAUUCACUCUCUUUAUUCUUCUUCGUUCUUCUCUUUUCCUGUCUCACCACUUCUAUCUAUCUAUCUAUCUAUCUAUCUAUCUAUCUAUCUAUCUCAGAGAUUUCUUUCUCUCUCUGUAUCUAUCUCAGGCUGUACUUUAUGUUUUCUCUCUCUCAGACUAUCGAUCUAUGUCAGGCUGUUCUUUAUUUCUUUCUCUCUCUCUCUCUCUCUCUCUCUCUCUCUCUCUAUUUAUCUAUCUCAAACUGUUCUUUUCUCUCUCUCUCUCUAUCUAUCUAUUCCAAACUGUUCUUUUCUCGCUCUCUCUCUCUCUCUCCCCAUCUCUACCUAUCUGAGACUGUUCUUUAUUUCUCUCUCUAUCUAUCUAUCUAUCUAUCUAUCUAUCUAUCUAUCUAUCUGAAACUGUUCUUUAUUUCUCUCUCUAUAUAUCUCAGAGAGUUCUUUCUUUCUCUCUCUCUCUCUCUCUAUCUAUCUAUAUUGUUCUUUAUUUCUCUCUCUCUCUCUCUCUCUCUAUCUAUCUAUCUAUCUAUCUAUCUAUCUAUCUAUCUAUCUCAGACAGUUCUUUCCCGCUCUCUCUCUAUCACAGGCUGCUGUACUUUAUCUUUCUCGCUCUCUCAUACUAUCUAUCUAUCUAUUCUAGUCUUUUCAUAUCUAUCUAUCUAUCUAUCUAUCUAUCUAUCUAUCUAUCUAUCUAUCUAUCUAUCUCAAACUUUUCUUUUCUCUCUCUCUCUCUCUCUCUAUCUAUCUAUCUCAGACAGUUCUUUCUCUCUCUAUCUCUAUCUUUCUGAGGCUGUAAUUUAUCUCUCUCUCUCUCUGACACACUAUCUAUCUAUCUAUCUAUCUAUCUAUCUAUUAGUGUCUUCAAAAUCUAUUUUGACUUCUCCUUUUCAGAUAUGUUGUGUUAUUUUCAUAUCUAUCUAUCUAUCUACCUAUCUAUCUAUCUAUCUAUCUAUCUAUCUAUCUAUCUCUUCAAAAUCUAUUUUGACUUGUCCUUUUCAGAUAUGUCGUGUUAUUUUAAUAUCUAUCUAUCUAUCUAUCUAUCUAUCUAUCUAUCUAUCUAUCUAUCUAUCUUUGAAAACCUCUCAUCUAUCUAUCUAUCUAUCUCAGGCUGUUCUUUAUUUCUCUCUCCCCCUCUCUCUCUCUCUCUCUCUCUCUCUCUCUCUCUCUCUCUAUCUAUCUAUCUAUCUAUCUAUCUAUCUAUCUAUCUCAGGUUGUUCUUUAUUUCUCCCUCUAUCUAUCUAUCUAUCUAUCUAUCUAUCUAUCUAUCUAUCUAUCUAUCUAUCUAUCUCAGGUUGUUCUUUAUUUCUCCCUCUAUCUAUCUAUCUAUCUAUCUAUCUAUCUAUCUAUCUAUCUAUCUAUCUCAGACUGUCCUUUAUUUCUCUCGCUGUCAGUCUAUCUAUCUAUCUAUCUAUCUAUCUAUCUAUCUAUCUAUCUAUCUCAGGUUGUUCUUUAUUUAUCUAUCUAUCUAUCUAUCUAUCUAUCUAUCUAUCUAUCUAUCUAUCUAUCUAUCUCAGCAACCUCUCAUCUAUCUAUCUAUCUAUCUAUCUAUCUAUCUAUCUAUCUCAGGCUGUUCUUUAUUUCUCUCUUUUCUCUCUCUCUCUCUCUCUCUCUCUCUAUCUCAGGCUGUUCAUUAUUUCUCUCUAUGUCUAUCUAUCUAUUUAUCUAUCUAUCUGGCGCACGGAUAUAUCACGGUUGAUAAACCAUAAAAAAAACGAUUCUAUCUAUCUAUCUAUCUAUCUAUCUAUCUAUCUAUCUAUCUAUGCACAAAACCAGAUAUCUAUAAACAUUUCUUUCUUUCUUUCUUUGUCCAUUUUUAAUCUAAACACCUUUGUAUGUUUCAUUCUUUCUUUCUUUCUUUCUUUCUUUCUUUCUUUCUUUCUUUCACAUUCGCUUUUUCUUUCUACAUUUCUUUUUUUCUAA